GUAAUAUGGAUCAAUUUUCUUACAUUCAAAUAAUGAUUACAUUGGUAUAUUGUUAAAUAAAAUGCAAUGAAAUUACCUUCUGCGAAAGCAGAUAAGUUGUAAUUUCUACUAUACGUUAUACAAUUUUUUAAAAAUAACGUCGGACUGUAAAGAUCCAUACCAUUGUAUAGUCAUAAACCGUGCGAGAUGCACGAAAUUGAAGAACGCUAUUACCAACUCAAUGAAAAUAUCCUUAAGAUACUUGGUCUAUGGCCUUAUCAGCAAACAAAUUUUGCUCGACUACGAAAAGUACUAUUUCUUGGUAUUCUUUCAGGAUACAUUAUCGUUCAGUUGCUAUCAUUUUUGACAAUGCAAUAUAGUAUAAAUCUUCUUCUUAAAGUUUUCACAUUUGUAUUUCCUACUCUUUUUGUCACAAUAAAGUAUUGCAUUUUUAUAAUUCAAGCGGAGAAUGUGAAGCUGCUGCUAGAGCAGAUACGAGAUGACUGGAAUUUGUUGAACGGCAAAUUGGAAAUUGAUAUUAUAAAACAAUAUGCCAGUAGCGUGAAACUUGUUUCAAUGGUUGCAAUUGUGUUUUGUCAUUUUGACACAUUGUGUUACAUAACUGUGGAACUUCUGCCGUUGAUACUUGAUGUUAUAUCACCGUUAAAUAAAUCACGAUCUUUGAAACUUAUCGCGAACACGGAAUACUUUGUUAACCGGGAAAAAUAUAUCUGGGUAAUGUUACUCCAUGAAAUAACUGCCACUUAUAUAAGGGUGAUCACGAUAUGUUGUACCAGUAUAACUAUGAUGAUGUACAUCUUGCACGCAUGUGCGUUGUUUAAAGUAGCAAGCUAUCGAAUGAAAAAUGCACUUGGAGAGGAUGUGUUAAGGAUUCCUAAUUCUGUAAAGGAAUAUCUUCUUUAUCAGAGGAUUGCCCACGUAGUUAUUAUUCAUCGAAGGGCCAUCGCCUAUAUUGAGCUUUCAAUAUCGAGUUUUACGGUGACGUUUACUAUUCUGAUUUUGAUCGGAGUUAGCUCCUUAAGUUUUAAUCUUUUCCAUUUGUUUCAAAUAAUAACAGUUAACACUGAUUUUGCUGAAUUAUAUGCAGUUCUUGUAUCAAUAGUGGCCCACUUUGGCUACAUGUUUAUAAUUAAUUAUGGCGGAGAAAUUGUACAGUAUCAUGGAAUACAAAUAUUUGAUGCAACUUAUAAUGGAUUGUGGUAUGCAUCACCGUUUCGUAUACAGAAACUGGUAUUAUUCGUAAUGCAAAGGGCAAUAGCAAAAAUCACUUUGACAUGUGGGAAUAUAUUUGUGGCGUCUUUAGAAGGUUUUGUUACGCUUGCUAGUUCAGCAAUAUCUUAUUUCACAGUAAUUUAUUCGACGCGAUAAUAGGAAACUGAAAACCAAAAUGUAUUAGUAACCAUAUAUGUAGCUCAAUCAAUUUAGCAUAAGUAGUAUAGAGUUAGUACAAAUUUAUUAAAUAUAACUCUUAGACCAUUGCGUGCG